CACUACCUGCGCUCCAUGAGGAAGAUGCUCGCCGCCGUCUCCCGUGUGUUAUCGGGCGCCACCCAGAAGCCGGCUAGCAGAGUGCUGGUGGCAUCCCGUAACUUUGCCAAUGAUGCUACAUUUGAAAUUAAGAAAUGUGAUCUUCAUCGGUUGGAAGAAGGUCCUCCUGUCACAACUGUGCUCACCAGAGAGGAUGGGCUCCGAUACUAUAGGAUGAUGCAGACCGUCCGCCGAAUGGAACUGAAGGCAGACCAACUGUAUAAACAGAAGAUCAUCCGGGGCUUCUGCCAUUUGUGUGAUGGCCAGGAAGCAUGCUGUGUGGGGCUCGAGGCCGGUAUAAAUCCUACGGAUCAUCUCAUCACAGCCUAUCGGGCUCAUGGUUUUACCUUUACUCGUGGCCUUACUGUCAGAGAAAUUCUCGCAGAGCUAACAGGACGAAGAGGAGGUUGUGCUAAAGGAAAAGGAGGAUCAAUGCACAUGUACGCCAAGAACUUCUAUGGGGGCAAUGGCAUUGUUGGUGCUCAGGUGCCCUUGGGUGCUGGAAUUGCUCUGGCCUGCAAGUACAAUGGAAAAGAUGAGGUCUGCUUGACUCUGUAUGGUGAUGGUGCUGCUAACCAGGGUCAGAUAUUUGAAGCGUACAAUAUGGCAGCUUUGUGGAAAUUACCGUGUAUUUUCAUAUGCGAGAAUAACCGCUAUGGCAUGGGAACAUCUGUCGAGAGAGCAGCAGCCAGCACCGACUACUACAAGAGGGGCGAUUUCAUUCCUGGGUUGAGGGUAGAUGGAAUGGAUAUCCUGUGUGUCCGUGAGGCUACAAAGUUUGCAGCUGCCUAUUGCAGAUCAGGGAAGGGUCCCAUACUGAUGGAGCUGCAGACUUACCGUUACCAUGGACACAGUAUGAGUGACCCUGGAGUCAGUUACCGUACACGAGAAGAAAUUCAGGAAGUAAGAAGUAAGAGCGAUCCUAUUAUGCUUCUCAAAGAUAGAAUGGUGAACAAUGACCUCGCCAGUGUGGAAGAGCUAAAGGAAAUUGAUGUUGAAGUGAGGAAGGAAAUUGAGGACGCGGCCCAGUUCGCUACAGCUGAUCCUGAACCACCUUUGGAAGAAUUAGGAUAUCACAUCUACUGCAGCGAGCCACCUUUUGAAGUUCGUGGUGCAAAUCAGUGGAUCAAGUUUAAGUCAAUCAGUUAAAGGGGAGUCAAUGUAAAGUUUUUACUCUAUCUUCAAUGGGAUA